AUUCUAAAUACCUGCUCUACAAUACAUCACAAAUACUUACCUAUCUGUAUUCUAAAUACCUGUUCUACAAUACAUCACAAAUACUUACCUAUCUAUAUUCUAAAUACCUGUUCUACAAUAUAUCACAAAUACUUACCUAUCUAUAUUCUAAAUACCUGUUCUACAAUAUAUCACAAAUACUUACCUAUCUAUAUUCUAAAUACCUGUUCUACAAUACAUCACAAAUACUUACCUAUCUAUAUUCUAAAUACCUGUUCUACAAUAUAUCACAAAUACUUACCUAUCUAUAUUCUAAAUACCUGUUCUACAAUACAUCACAAAUACUUACCUAUCUAUAUUCUAAAUACCUGUUCUACAAUAUAUCACAAAUACUUACCUAUCUAUAUUCUAAAUACCUGUUCUACAAUAUAUCACAGUUAUUUAUCUAUCCAUAUUCUUAUUACC